UCGACAUCGAUCAACAUAACCUAAAAUAAAAAAAUAUUGUACCGUGUUCCUUCAAAAAAAAAAUAUUUGUAUGUUGAUUAACUUGUUCAAAUCAAAUAAAAAGCAAGCUUGAAAAUUUAUGAUAUUAGGGCUUAGAUGAACAAGAAAUUUUAAUUUAAUUUCACACAAUCAUGCGUUAUGCGCAAUUAGUUGUUGGUCCUGCCGGUAGUGGAAAAUCUACGUACUGUUCAACGAUGGUGAAACAUGCCACUGAUACCAAACGCAUCAUUGAAGUAGUUAACUUUGAUCCUGCAGCAGAACACUUUGAUUAUGAACCCCUGGUCGAUAUACGGGAACUCAUACACCUUGAUGAUGCAAUGGAAGAUGAAGAAUUGAAGUUUGGACCAAAUGGAGGUCUUGUAUUUUGUAUAGAAACCCUCUUAGAGAACUGUGACUGGCUGGAAGAGCAGCUAGGUGAUGUAGAUGAUGACUACAUCCUGUUCGAUUGUCCUGGGCAAAUCGAGCUAUACACACACUUACCGGUCAUGAGGCGGCUGGUCGAACUGCUGGAACGAUGGAACUUCAGGAUAUGUGUGGUGUUCAUGGUCGAUUCACAGUUCAUGGUGGAUGGAGCUAAAUUCUUAUCAGGUACUAUGGCAGCGCUUAGUGUAAUGGUGAACUUGGAACUACCGCAUGUAAAUAUUCUCACGAAAAUGGAUCUUCUCAGCAAAUCAGCAAGAAGUCAACUUGACAAUUAUCUAGAUCCAGAUCCUCACAUUCUGUUAGCAGACAUGAGAAACGCAAAAUCAAGAUGGCACGAGAAAUAUGCAAAGCUAACUGAAGCCAUUGGUGAGGUCAUAGAGAACUUUAGUCUUGUUCGAUUUUACCCUCUGAAUAUAAAGGAUGAGGAAAGCAUAGACAAUAUACUACUUACGAUAGACAAUAUUAUACAAUACGGAGAAGAUGCUGAUGUUAAAAUCAGAGAUUUCGAAGAGCCCGAUCCUGAUGAUGAAAAUGGUGAUUAAAUAUUUUUUCUAGAA